CAUUGAAGGUCUUCAUGCUAUCGUAGUCUCAGAUAGAGAUGGUGUGCCUGUUAUCAAAGUUGCCAACGAUAAUGCUCCAGAACAUGCACUGCGACCUGGCUUUCUGUCCACCUUUGCCCUUGCCACAGAUCAGGGCAGUAAACUAGGACUUUCUAAAAACAAAAGUAUCAUCUGCUAUUAUAACACGUACCAGGUGGUGCAGUUCAAUCGCUUACCUUUGGUAGUAAGUUUCAUUGCUAGCAGCAAUGCCAAUACUG